UAUGAAUCGAACCUGCUUAACUAAUUCGGAAACGAAAUCGGCAAACGAAAACCGAAACGGAGAUGAACAAAAAGUUUCCAAUUUGUCAUUUUCCAUCGACUCAAUUCUGAAUAGACCCACCGAGUCGACUUCACCGCGAUGCCGAAGCCGAUUGCGCGGACACCCUCUAAAUGUACCGUAUUUCCGUCCUCCAGCCUUUUGCAAUUUCGCGUUUGCAGCUUACCAGUUCAACCCAACAGCAAUUUUUCCUUACCGGUUGCCUCAUACAGAUAGUAGGUUAAAUGCAACCCCGAAAAAUGCUCCUUUGAACUCAUUGGCAGUCACCCUAAUGACGUCAUGGUACGAAAAGCAUAGUGACUAUCCUUAUGUUGACUACGAUACAGCUGAGGCUAUUGCAAGAGCAGGAGGUAUUACACCGGAACAAGUCAGAAAAUGGUUUGCCAAUAAGAGAGUCAGGUCGGGCUACACGAAAUCUCAAGUGAAGAAACGUCGACAUUCCUUUGUUGAAACAUCGCCACAAAAACGUUGUAACGAUUAUUCGUCCCUAUCGGAUGGAGCGUCCCCAGCUAAAUUCCGCAAGCGUUAA